UCUCGUUUUGGCUAAGCAGAGACCUUUAGAGAAACUGCCUGUUCUGGCUCCUACAGACUGUAACAUAUAAAAGCUGUUAGCAGCUCCUGUGGCCAGAAGCUUCAAAACCAGCAGAGUUUUGUUCUUUGGGGGUUUGUAAUAAGAGACACUCCUUCACAAAGGUUCUUAUCAUCACAUAGGAGAGUGCUCUAUAUACUGGGAGAACAAUAGGCUGUAUUAUUUUUUUGGUAUUAUCCAGAGAUCUGUUUUCUACUGCCCUGACUUAAAGCAGAGUACCUCUGUGGCCUAUCUUUCUCCUCUGGCCCCAAAAUGACAGUAAUCGCUGCAAUCAGUUGUGCUUUCUUGUUUUCCAUUCUCUGUGAAACAAGUGCAUUAGUGUUACCCAAUUCCACUGACCUACUCCUGUCAAACAAUAAUUUCACUGACAUUGAGACGGCCUUGGCAGCUCAUCUGGACUCUGCAAAAAUUCCCAAAGCCAGGCGGAAGCGCUACAUUUCACAGAAUGACAUGAUUGCCAUUCUUGAUUAUCAUAAUCAAGUCAGAGGCAAAGUCUUCCCACCUGCUUCCAACAUGGAAUAUAUGGUUUGGGAUGAAACUCUUGCCAAAUCUGCAGAGGCGUGGGCUGCUACAUGCAUUUGGGACCAUGGACCUUCCUAUUUACUGAGAUUCUUGGGCCAGAACCUGUCUGUAAGAACUGGAAGGUAUCGAUCUAUUCUCCAGCUGGUAAAGCCAUGGUAUGAUGAGGUGAAGGAUUACGCUUUCCCUUACCCUCAGGACUGCAACCCCAGGUGCCCCAUGCGAUGUUAUGGACCCAUGUGCACCCAUUACACACAGAUGGUUUGGGCCACUUCCAAUCGUAUAGGCUGCGCAAUCCACACAUGCCACAAUAUGAACGUCUGGGGAUCUGUUUGGCGACAAGCUGUUUACUUGGUAUGCAACUAUGCCCCAAAGGGGAAUUGGAUUGGAGAAGCACCAUAUAAAGUAGGGGUCCCAUGUUCAGCUUGUCCUCCAAGCUAUGGAGGUUCAUGUACCGACAAUCUUUGUUUCCCAGGAGUAACAUCAAACUACUUAUACUGGUUUAAAUAAGUUAAGGUUUACAUUAUUUUAAAAAAAAAAAACCAUGGAUGAGUAACAAGAAGCUUGUAUAUUGAAUUUUGCACAUAUUAUAUAUAGAGAGAUAUUGUAAUAAUACUCUGAUGUUUUCUUUUUGUAUGCUUUUGUAUAAUUAGCUUUCAAAGUAUAGUAUAAUUUGGUUUUAACACUUUGGGUUUUAAGACUCACAUUAACCCUUUUAGAUUAACAUUUUGUUAAAGGAGAGCAAACUAAUUUUCACCUUAGCAAGUGUAGCUUCCUGAAGAUUAGGUUAUAUUAAAAGAACAUUAAAAG